GGGGGGUUGGGGUCGGGAACCGGGCCUGGGUUCGAGGUUUGAGGCCUGUAGGGAACGGGGGUGGGGGGGGGCCGGGACCGGGCCUGGCCCCUCCGCUUUGGGGUUUACGGAGCGGGUUUAGGGGCGGGGAGCGGCUCCGGUUUAGGGUCUAGAGGAAAGGGGGAGGGGGCGAGCUCCGGUGGUGCCCACCCCGAGGGGCUGAAGGACCUCAGAAAGCCCCGGGAGGACCGAGGGGGUGAGGGGGGAAGGGGGGUGGGGUGGGGGGGGGGGGAAGUCUUUGGGCCUCCCCCAUGGCGGUGGCGGGCGACGGGGGGCCCGGGGGGCGCCUGAACCCGGUGGAGACGCUGCAGGAGGAGGCGAUCUGCGCCAUCUGCUUGGACUACUUCCUGGAGCCCGUGUCCAUCGGCUGCGGCCACAACUUCUGCCGCGUGUGCAUCUCGCAGCUGUGGGGAGGCGAGGCGGAGUACGAGGCGGCCCCCGGGGCGGCGGCGGCGGCUGGAGGAGGAGGAGGAGGAGGCAGAGGGGCCGUGGGGUUGGGGGACGACGUGUUGGAGGAAGAGCUGGAGGAUGAGGAGGAUGAGCUGGAUGAGGACGAGCUGGAGGUGGAGCAGGAGGAAGAGGAGGAGGAGGAUGGCGGCGGCGGAGGAGCCGAGGAGGAGGAGGACAUGUGGAGCGAGGAGGAAGACGACGGCGAGCUGUGGGAAGAGCCGGUGGAGGAGGACAUUUGGGACGCUGGGGUCGGGGGAGAGCUUUAUUUCGGGGACGAGGACUAUGACGAGGACGUGAUGGAGGAAGACGUGGAGGAAGAGGAGGAGGUGGAGGAGGAGGAAGAAGAGGUGCAGACCCCUCCGCCCCCGGUUCUGGCAGCCCGGCCCCGGCGCCAGCAGACCUUUACCUGCCCCCAGUGCCGCAAAACCUUUUUCGAGAGGAAUUUUCGGCCCAACCUCCAGCUGGCCAACAUGGUGCAAAUCAUCCGGCAGCUUCACCCCUACCCCCCGCGCCUCGCGCCGCCUGCCGCCGGCCCCUCGGCUUCGGGGGCUGCGGCCGGAGGGCCGGGGGGGGUCCUGGUGGCCGGGGGGGGUCAGGGACCUCCGAACCUUUGCGAGAAGCACCAGGAACCCCUGAAACUCUUCUGCGAGGUGGACGAGCAGGCCAUCUGCGUGGUGUGCAGGGAGUCGCGGAGCCACAAGCACCACAGCGUCGUCCCCCUGGAGGAGGUCGUGCAGGAUUAUAAGAACAAACUCCAGAGCCACCUGGAGCCGCUGAAGAAGAAGCUGGACGCGGUCCUGAAGCAGAAAUCGAACGAGGAGGAGAAGAUCACGGAGCUGAGGGACAAGAUGAAGCUGGAGAUCAAGGAAUUGGAGUCGGAUUUCGAGCUGCUGCACCAAUUCCUCAUCGGGGAGCAGGUCCUGCUCCUGCACCAGCUGGAGGAGCGCUACGAGAGCCUGCUGGUGCGCCAGAGCAGCAACAUCAGCCAGCUGGAGGAGCAGAGCGCUGCCCUCAGCCGCCUCAUCGCCGAAGCGGAGGACAAAAGCAAACAGGACGGGCUGCAGCUGCUCAAGGACAUCAAAGGCACUUUUAUCAGAUGCGAGAAUAUCAAAUUCCAGGAGCCCGAGAUGGUGCCGGUGGACAUGGGGAAGAAAUACCGCAACUACUUCCUGCAGGACGUGGUGAUGAGGAAGAUGGAGAAAGUCUUCAGUAAAGUCCCUCAAGCUGACAUCACCCUGGACCCCGACACCGCUCACCCUCGCCUGAGCCUUUCCCUGGACCGCCGCAGCGUCAAGCUGGGCGAACGCUGCAAGGACCUGCCCGACAACCCCAAGCGUUUCGAUUCCGAUUACUGCGUCCUGGGCUCGCAGGGUUUCACCGCCGGCCGCCACUACUGGGAGGUGGAAGUCGGGGGCCGGAGGGGCUGGGCGGUGGGGGCGGCCCGCGAAACGGCCCGUCGCAAAGAGAAAACCAUGGGGCCCCACCAGGAACGGGAGAUUUGGUGCGUGGGCACCAACGGGAAGAAAUACCAAGCCUUGACGGCCACCGAGCAGACGGCUCUGUCGCCCAACGAGCGGCCCCGGCGCUUCGGCGUCUACCUGGACUACGAACGGGGCCAGAUUUGCUUCUACAACGCCGAGAGCAUGACCCACAUCCACACCUUCAACGCCUCCUUCCACGAGCGCAUCUUCCCCUUCUUCCGCAUCCUGGCCAAGGGCACCCGCAUCAAAAUCUGUGCCUGACGGCCGCCUCGCCUCCCCCUAGGAUCCGGCCUUGCACACACACACACACAAACGGCCACGCUCCUCCUUUUUCUCUCCCCCAACCCUUGAUCCUUCGGGUCCCUCGUCGGGCUCGGACGCUGCACUUGUUGUCUUGCACCUGCUUGCUCACAAGGCCUCUUUUUUUUUCUUUCCCCCACCCUCCUCCUCCUCCUCCUCGUGCCAGCUCUUUUUUCACGGCCUCCCCAGCGGGAUGAGCUGAUCCAAAGCUGGUUUCGUUCGGAUUUGGGAACAAAUCGCCUCGUUUGGGAGGUGAGGCCACUACUUUCACUUCGUCCUUCGCCGUUUGAAGCUGGCGUUGAGCUUUCCAGUGUGGUCUCUCCCCCUUUUUUUCAAGCCCACCGUUGGGUUUUGAGGCGUGGCCUCUUCUCUUCGGGCGCAGAGCUCCUGGGGGGGUCUGGGCGUUGAGGAGCGCUGGAUCUUGGUCUCUCGAUCUCCUAUCGGGGCUGAAAUCAUCUUCCAAAAGUCCUCGGCUUUCCCCAGAGCUGUGCCUGGAUUUUUUGGGGCUUCACCUCACGAACAUCUCCAUCCCCAGCUGGCGUUUGGACCCGGAGCCGAACCUGCUUUACCCUGCUCCGUUUCCCUGUUCUGGCACUCGCUCGCCUCCCCCCUUGCUCUUCUCCCCCUCUUUGUGCUCGGGGGGGGUCACCAGAUCUCCUCCCCCCUUUUCCCAUCCCCUUCCCAACCAUUUCUUGGAGGCCUGGCACUUUAUUCAGGGCCGCCUGGGCCAGGGAGGGUGCAAAAAAAAAAAAAAAAUCUAAAAUAGGGGCGGUUUCCUCCAGCUGGAGCGCGGCGCUGGCCACCAGCCUCUCGUUUCCCCUUGCAGCUUGAGAGCUCUCCGAGGUGGGAAAUAAUUUAUUUUCUCUUCCCUUUUCUCGGCUGUGGUCGAGGUUUCCAGCUGAAUCCUGUCCCCCCUCGAGAGACUCUGACCGCACCUGUUGUGUUUUACUUCUUUUCGUUGGUGGAUUGGUAUUAUUAUUAUUAUUAAUUUUUUUUUUUUCUUCUGUUGGCAUUACAGAGCUAGUUCAAAAUAUUUUUGGCUAAAAUGAGAAUUAAAUGGAGAUUUAGUUUUUUGAAAUGUCAAGAAAUAAUAAUAAAGAAUAAAGUUGUAAAGGCCAGCCUAGCUUA